GGAACAGGAAAUAGGGGGAAAGUGUAAACAUGAAGCGGGUUACUCGUCAUGCCUGUGAUGAUUUGCCCAUUCCUGAAGAACAGGAGACAGAAGGCCAGAGACAACUGCACAAUCUGCUGCUGCAACAACUGGACACCGAUGUGGACAUUGACCGGUGUGUGGCUAAGAAGAAAUGCUUUGCUCCAGCAGCGGUGUACAAGCCUUUUGGGGAACAAGCCGCUGGUGUGAGGAGUCUGUCUCAGUUUCAGGCCCUGCAGGACGGGGAUCAGGAUCUGGCGGCUCUCAGAGAACUGGGCCUAACCGAUGCUGAAAUACAGCUGUGGAGGAGCAGUGAGCAGCCGGAGAGCUCCCUCAAGGACAGAGGGGUUUGUGUGGCCCCUGAGGCAAGGAAUGAGCGUCUGCAGGCUAUCCGGGAAAAAAUGACGGCUCAUGCGGAGCUGCUGUCCCGACCCCAGCGCUUCUCAAGCAGUCGAGCGCUGUCCCGCAGAGAGAUGGAAAUCGAAAAAGCUCUUUUCCAAGGCAGCGACCGCUCCAGCUUCCUCACUGCCCUUUACCAUCAAGAUGGAGAUUCAUAUGUCAGCCAGCAGAGGGCGACAUCGGCCAAAACAAUGGACCAUUUCUACAAAGACUUUAUUGAAGAGCAGAACAAAACAUUUGGUGAUGUUUCAACGCUUCAGCCAGAAACUAGCACUAAUAUUCAGUGCACAUCAUCAGACUCUAAAAGUGACCAAUCACAAAGUCCAACGGUCUCUGACUCCGGUCUACCUGAAUACCAACACAAGUGCCCAGAAUCAGACAUUGUUAACCAACCACAGCCUCAGGAGAAAAGCAUUCAGCCUAUGAAAAUCACAGUUUGCCAGUCUGUUGGUAGGCUAAACUCAGCGUGUGUGCAAGGACAUAAUGGACCCUUUGCGUUGAGUGGAAGGAUAAGGGAAGUCUCAGAUGAAGAGAUCAAGAGCAAUCGAGAGACAGAAGAGGCCAUAAGAAACGUUGCUCGAUUUAAGAACUACCAGAGGGGAAAACCAUCCAACGUCCUGUGUGUGAAGAACAUCAGUCCACGGGCAUCACUGGCACAGCUGGUUUCUCUGUUUUCACGCUUUCAGAAGGACGAAUCGCAGCCCAUUCUGUACCGCCUGCUGACCGGACGCCUCAAGGGUCAAGCUUUCAUUACACUCGCAGAUGCUGAAAUUGCCCAAGCUGCUUUGGACUUGUUAAAUGGCUACAAGCUACUGGAAAAGCCUCUGGUUAUUGAGUUCGGGAGAGCGAGAAGUAAAGAGACUGAUUUACAGACUAAUGAAACCUCGGUAGAUUCGAACACCCCUUCAGUGCAAAACAACAAACACACAUAAUUUCACACUAGUUAAAGGAAUAGUUUACCCAAACAUUUUAAUUGGCUCACCCUCAGGCCAUCCUAAGUUUAUAUGACUUUCUUCUGUCAGAUGAACACUCUUAAAUGCUGUAUAAUGGUGUUGGAAAGUGCCUUUUAUUUUGAAGCCUUCAAAAGUACAUAUAUCCAUCUUGGUCACCUAACGUGUAAUGCAUGAAUGCUUUUUUCGAACAAAAUAUUUCAAAUUGUUUAUCUAUAAACUCUAAUCAUUGCUUUUCGGUAGCACCAAAUUAACGUUAUGUGCAACUGACGUAUGACAGAUGACGCAAGAUGCAUUCAAAUUUGAAAUAAAGGUAAAGUCUAUAAGGGAAACAUCUGCGGCCGGAAGUUAACAAUGCUUAUUUAUGUUAUUAUAACAGUACAAUUACCAUACCACAAUAAUUACUGUUUUUACAUUACUGAGGGUUGGGGUUGAGGUAUGCAUUGAUAAAAUACAGUUUAAAGGGUAACCUAAUAAAUACUUUGUAUACUAAUUAUACUCUGUAUAAUUGCUGCUUUAUAUUACUGUGAGGUUUACGUUUAGGUAGACGUUAAUAAAAUACAAUUAAUGGGUAAUUUUUCUUGUUAACUUCUGGCCACAGCUGUUGCCCUUAUAUAGUGCUCAGCAUAUAUGAGUACAACCCCCACGAAUCUCUCAUUUAAAUGAAAAAUUUCUAUAGGAUGUUUUACAAUAUUAUAUUGGUGCAUAUACAUUAGAUUAGUCAGUACUGAAGCCAAAUCUGGAGCUUAUCUAACAAAAUAACUUAAAAUAAUGGUCCAAAAAUGACUAUACCCAAAUUUAUAUGUUAGGGAAAAAUAUUAAAUAACAUUUGUAAAAAUCAAGAGAAACAAAAAUUAUGAACAUUUUAUUUUAAAAAUUAUUAUAAAAAAAACAACAACACCUCAUUGAUUCCCUUUAUAAGUCAUGCGUUAACCCCCCUGGUGGAAUAGUGUAGGGCCAGACAGAAUCUUCUGCCUUCUUUGUUUGUUUGUUUUUUGAUAUUCCUGCACAGAAUUUUGUAAGAAAUCUGUGGAUUUUUAUGUAAUGAUUUUGUGAGUGUAGGACCUGAAAAACACAAAAUAUAAAAUACAAUUAGAACCACUAGUUUGGUUAGUGGAUCCAAUUCGAUCCACUUAUUGGUAAACAAAGCAAGCCUUUCGUAUAAUAUGUCUACUGAAAGUCAGAAAAUAUUAUUUUACAAAUUGCAUUCUACGUAAUUUAUCUAAAUAUUAAUAAAUAUAAAAACAAAAAAGGCAGAGUUUUUUUUAGUGACGCAGUGGAGCAGUAGGUAGUGCUGUCCCCUCACAGCAAGAAGGUCGCUAGUUCGAGCCCCGGCUGGGUCAGUUGGCAUUUCUGUGUGGAGUUUGCAUGUUCUCCCUGCAUUCGCGUGGGUUUCUGAAUUGUCCGUAGUGUGUGAGUGUGAAUGAGUGUGUAUGGUUGUUUCCCAGAGACAGGUUGCGGCUGGAAGGGCAUCCGCUGCGUAAAACAUGUGCUGGAUAAGUUGGCGGUUCAUUCCGCUGUGGCGACCCCGGAACAAUAAAGGGACUAAGCUGAAUAGAAAAUGAAUGAAUGAAAAACUAAAAAAAAGAUGAUUUAAUUUACAUUUACAUUCAAAAGGUUGAAUAAUGGGCUCUAAAAUCUGCAGAUUUCUGAGUACAGAUUCCAUGUGAGCUAUGGGUAGGCCCACACUGAAUCUGUGCGUACAGAAAUCCGCAGAUUUUUAGCCCAGCAUUAAGUCUAUUUAUUUACUUCUGUAAAUGUGUGCACAUUUAUAUUUUUAAGGUUUUUUAAUUAAUUUCAGUAAUAUUAUUGACUUAUAUGAAAAUGUUCAUAUGAUUUAUUUAAAUUACAGUUUGUAAAUUAAUAUUUUCUACCUUUUAGUAGAUAGAUUAUACGAGAGACUUGCUUUGUUUGCAAAAUAAGUGGAUAUAAUUGGAUUGGAGCAUUAUAAACAUUACAUAAAAUUUUAAAAGGUAUAAUAUUCUUAUUCAAAUAUUACGUUUUUAGUUAUGAUACUCCCAAAAUCAUUCUGCAUAAAUCUGCAUUUUUUUUUUUUUUUUUACAAAAUUGUUAGCAGAAAUAGCUAAAAAUAUCUGCAGAUUCUGUCUGGCCCUAGCUAUGGGUUAGUUUUACGACAGUUUUGCACUUUUGCAAGCUUCAAAAUAAAAGCCACUGCCCAACAACAUUAUACAGCAUGAAAGAGCCAAGAUAAAUGUAAAACUACUCCAACUGUGUUCGUCUGACGGAUAAAAAGUCAUAUGCACCAAGGAUGGCUUGAGGAUGAGUAAAAUUAUGGGACAAUUUUUAUUUCUGGCUAAACUAUUUCUUUAAAAUAGGCAUUUACUUUAAUUUUUUGUAAAUAAUAAUUGUAUAACUGUUUAAAACAAAAAGCUGAAAAUAUACUUGUAGUACUUCAA